CACAAUCCGUCUACCGCGCCUUCUUGCUUCGUUUCUCCAGACAUUGACACCAUGAGCUGUAAGUUCCCUCUACUUCCGCGCGGUCUCGUCAGUCUUGUCGCCAACAUGCUUAAUCGCCUUCACGGGCAGCCCGAAAGCUACGACAAGAAGUCCAAGUACUCCUUUGGUCGAACGCUAGGUGCUGGUACCUAUGGUAUCGUCAGAGAGGCCAGCGGCCCUACCGGCAGGGUUGCUAUCAAGAUUAUAUUGAAGAAAAAUGUCAAGGGCAACGAACAGAUGGUUCUUGACGAGCUAGAGAUGCUUCAGCGCCUCAAGCACCCUCACAUUGUGAAGUUCGUCGACUGGUUCGAGUCUAGGGACAAAUACUAUAUCGUUACUCAGCUUGCGACGGGAGGCGAGCUCUUCGACAGGAUCUGCGAGCAAGGAAAGUUCACAGAAAAAGAUGCUUCCCAAACCAUCAAGCAAGUCUUGGGUGCCGUCAACUACCUCCACGAGAACAACGUCGUCCAUCGGGAUCUCAAGCCUGAGAACCUCCUAUACCUUACCCGGGAUGCCGAUUCGGAUCUAGUUCUGGCUGACUUUGGUAUUGCCAAAAUGCUGGAUAAUAAGGACGAAGUUCUCACCACUAUGGCCGGCUCGUUCGGUUAUGCGGCGCCCGAAGUUAUGCUCAAGCAGGGUCACGGCAAGCCUGUCGACAUGUGGUCAAUGGGCGUCAUAACGUAUACCCUCCUCUGCGGCUACUCGCCAUUCCGCUCCGAAAACCUUCAGGACCUCAUCGACGAAUGCAGCAGCGGCAGCGUUGUCUUCCAUGAGCGCUACUGGAAGGACGUUAGCAACGACGCCAAGGACUUCAUUCUGAGGCUUUUGCAGCCCAAGCCAGAGAACCGGUGGACAAGCCAGCAAGCUCUGGCUCACCCCUGGCUGCGCGGCGAUUCCGCAACCAACCACAACUUGUUGCCCGAGAUCAAAGCGUACCUUACCAAGGCCCGCCUUAGACGCGGCAUCGAGAUGGUCAAGCUUGCGAACCGCAUCGAGGCGCUCAAGAUGCAGGAGGACGACCCCGAGAACACUGAUAUGCCCGGCGACGCGACACUUGCCGCCGACCAGGCCCAGUCCCGCCACCAUGCUCUAUCUGUGGCGAGCACCAAGGGCGGAUCCUCAGACGCCGAGAACGCCACCGCGCCCGCCGAAAAGCGGACACUCUCCAAGACUAUCAAGACGGCCAUCUUCCGCGAGGUUGUUUUGGCUAAGGUUCGCGAGAUGAAAGAGGCGGAAGAGGCCAACAAGCUAAAGGAAGAGGCGGAGACGAAGGCGAAGAGCUUCCAAGCCUAGAGGAGCUCGUGUAACAAUAUAGGCAUAUGAGGGUGGGUUCUUGCUGAUGUUGUCGUUGAUGUUGUUUUAUACCAAAGCAUGCACAUCUCUGGAUGCAUGCGGAUAUGGAGUGAGCGUACGGGGGCACAUUGCGCGUCUUUGGUUGGGUUCUGCGUGGCGAGCUCUGGUACAAUACUAGGCUCUAUGUUUGAUAUUGGGCUUGAGCGCUUUCAUUUCUCAGGAUAUCCGGGAGGAAGCGGAAGUCACGACUCCUGUGUUCUUGGGGACCAAUUUUACUCGACGAGAAUUCCUGCAGCGGUUCGCCAGCGUUGAAUAUAAUAUUAGCAAAUCUUUCUCGUG